AUGCGUAUCAGAUACGGUCAGAGCUUCACUAUCCGCGGGCUUUUCUCACGCCGCUCAAAGCGAGGAAGGAGAGCGAAGCGCUGCUCAACAAUUUGUGAUGAUAACGGCUCUUCGGCAUUAGCAUCGACAUCGGCGUCCACAAUUCGUCCUCCAAGAUUGCAGUCUAUACAACUUAGUAAAGAACUCGAAAUCCUUGGGCUCCUGUCAGAUCCUCGAAGCGGUCAGGAAGCGACUUCGGCAUCAUGGCUUUCGUCUAGUCCCGCUAGCACGCUGCAUGUCGCUGCUUCAGCAUCCCCAGCGCCUUCUUACUCUCUCUUUCCUGCUGUAGGCGAGCAAUCAACCCCGGGCCUAUUUCAGAAGGACUAUAAAUAUGACGACGAUGAUGACGAUGAUGCAUAUGACACUGAACAAGAGCAGACCAUUCUCUCACGGCAGAUCCCCCAAACAUCCUACCCUACUUCUCCGCUCCUGCCACCCCCACCAUCGCUCUCGGUCCAUGCUCGGAACUUAGCACAAGAAGACGUCUCACUAUCAAUACCAAAGCCCGAGUCAGAAGCCGGCGUCCCGCCCAGUCCAACAUUUAGUUACCGCACCUUUGUCACCCGCUCGUCAGGAAUCUUCCCGUGGGGCACAGAGCCACAUGUUGUCGAGGAGGAUGCGGCGUCUGAGGUCCUGGUGCUUCCCACGCCGCCGCCGUUUGCGCGUUCACUGUCAGCUUAUAUUUUCAAGGCAAGGCGCAGCCUAGCCCAGAAGCCUGAGAGCGCGCAAUUUCAGCUUGCAAUCUAG